CUUUUUUAAAAAAAAGGGCGAAAUAAAAUUUACGUUUCCCCCACACACACAGCACGCUCUCUGCUUGCUCUGUUCAACAAGAAAUUCCUAUCUUGUAGAUGUUACCCAUUUCGCAUAUCACACUUUUUUCGAUAACGACUGAAUGAAAUAAUUGAGGAUUUAUUGCUGUUUUACUAGUAAUUUGCAUAUAUUCAGAUCAGUAACAGUAAAAUAGUAAAACAGUAAACAUCAGCUGCAAUCGUUGAAGUAGUCGGUCGACUACCUGUAACGUAAAAUUCCACAUUCGUUUCGUUUUUUUGGGGGGAAGAAUUAGGCAAUUUCUCGGUGACGAAGAUGGGGCUGGUAUCGGGAAUGGUGAUGGGGAUGGUGUUUGGGAUCGCGCUGAUGGCGGGCUGGAAAUACAUGAUGGAGCAUCGGAGCAGGAAGCGUGUUGCUAAGGCAGUAGAUAUCAAGCUGCUAAGCUCACUGAACAGGGAUGAUAUGAAGAAAAUAUGUGGAGAGAACUGCCCAGAGUGGAUAUCGUUUCCUGUGUUCGAGCAGGUGAAAUGGCUAAACAAACAGCUAAGCAAGUUGUGGCCAUUUGUAGCAGAUGCAGCAGAGGCUGUCAUAAAAGAAUCUGUGGAACCAUUAUUGGAGGAAUAUCGUCCUACUGGGAUCACUUCUUUGAAAUUUAGCAAACUCUCCCUUGGAACUGUGGCUCCCAAGAUUGAAGGGAUUCGAGUUCAGAGUCUUAAAGAAGGUCAAAUCACAAUGGAUAUUGACUUACGCUGGGGUGGCGAUCCUAGCAUUAUUUUAGCUGUUGAGGCUGCACUUGUUGCUUCUAUUCCUAUUCAGUUGAAGGAUCUCAAGGUUUUUACGGUGGUUCGUGCUAUCUUUCAACUAACUGAUGAAAUUCCUUGCAUAUCUGCAGUAGUUGUAGCGCUUCUUGCGGAGCCAAAACCACGAAUUGAUUAUACUCUUAAGGCUGUGGGUGGAAGUUUAACAGCUAUUCCCGGGCUUUCUGAUAUGAUUGAUGACACUGUUAAUACUAUUGUUAUGGAUAUGCUACAAUGGCCUCACAGGAUAGUUGUCCCUAUUGGUGGAAUUCCUGUGGAUACAAGUGAAUUGGAGCUUAAGCCAGUGGGACUGCUCAAAGUUACUGUUGUAAAGGCAAAUGAUCUGAAAAACAUGGAACUGAUUGGAAAAUCUGAUCCCUAUGUUACAGUACACAUUCGUCCUCUCUUUAAAGUUAAGACGAAGGUUGUUAAUAACAACUUGAAUCCUACUUGGAAUCAAACAUUCGAUUUGAUUGCAGAAGAUAAGGAGACACAGUCACUCAUUCUCGAGGUGUUUGAUCAAGACAUUGGGCAAGACAAGCGAUUGGGCAUUGCAAAGAUGCCUCUGAUCGAACUGGAAGCUGAAACCUCAAAAGAACUGGAACUGAGGCUGUACCCAUCUCUUGAUAUGCUCAAAAUUAAGGACAAGAAGGACAGAGGAACCAUAACGGUUCAGGUGUUCUAUCAUGAAUUUACCAAGGAAGAGCAGAUCGCUGCCCUGGAAGAAGAGAAGAGGAUCUUAGAGGAGAGGAAGAAACUGAAAGAAGCUGGAGUGAUAGGGAGCACUAUGGAUGCCCUCGACGGUGCAGCCUCACUAGUUGGUUCUGGUAUUACUGGUGGAGCAGGGCUUGUGGGAAGCGGCAUAGGGGCUGGUGCGAGCUUGGUCACUGGUGGUUUUGGAGCUGUUGGCAGCGGUCUGUCGAAAGCUGGAAAGUUCAUGGGCAGGACCAUCACUGGAUCUUCCACAACUAGGAGGAAUGGAGCUUCAACGCCAACGAACCCUCAAGAAAAUGGAGGCGCAAAGCCAGUUUGACAACCCCUCAAAACUCAAACUGUGUUAUUUUGUGUUUAAAUACCUUUGGGUUUGAUGAGUUUGAAUGUAUGUUCACGUAGAUUUUGAUUGUGUUUGUGAUGUAAAGUUUCACUGAAUUGGUUAGACAUUAGCACUGCCAUCUUUGUAAGUUUUAAAAUUCUUUCA